AUGCAUUUCUUUUAUACUGAUCUAGCAAAAAGGCAUCACUUUUUUGAUAAGAUUCUGCAUGGAGAAGAAGGAGUUGCACAUUCGCUGCGAGAAAAUUCACAACAAACGUAUGACGAUCAGGCCUUCUCUGAAACUGGGGAUGUUGCAUCUAUUCCAGAUGCUCCAAAAACGUCCGUUGAAGUACUUGGACUAGAAGGGUCAACUGUUUCAGUCUAUGUUCUUAUUAAUUCCAAAGACUUGAUUCUUAAAUGUUUGACAAAAAAGUUGUUAAUGCAGAGAAUCAUUGAUCCAAAGUAUCAGUGGAUUGGUCCCAUGGGAUUGAUAACCAAAGAAUCACAAAGAUUUCUUUUAACUGAUGAAGGCAACUUGGAGGUCUAUAACAUUCAUGCAAGUGACUCUGGGAGUUACACCUGCAGCGUUAUUUAUAUGCAUAAUGAUAGACAUGUGAUAACAGAAUUCAGUUUUAUGGUCUAUGAUUCUUUCCAAUCUGUCCACAUCCUUCUGGAAGAAUGGGGCCUGAAACUGGACACAGUACUCCAAGUGAGGCCUCGCCAGUGCUGA